ACCUGCCGGCGCAGCUGUGCGCACUGGUCCGGGUGCCCACCUUCCUUCCUGCAGUCGGACCCGGAGCUUUCUGCGAACUCCUAAUUGUUGCUCCAGGUUCUUUCAGGACAGGAAAAGGAGGGGACAUCUCAACAUGGAAAAACUCUGCAGUGUAAAUGAAGGAAUGCCUGAGAAUCAAGGAAAGAUGGAAAAUGAACAACCUCAGAAUGCUGCAAAGCCCGAAGUAGCUGAUACUCAGGAAGACAAGGAAAAGCUAAAAAAUGAAGGAAAGAUAGAAAACAGGGGAGAGACAGAAGAUGAGGAAAUACUAGAUAAGGAGAAGCCAGAGAAGGAGGGAAAGUCAGAGAGCCAGGGAAAGCCAAAAGAAGAAGGAAAACCAGAGAGUGAGGGAAAGCCAAAAGAAGAAGGAAAACCAGCCAUGGAACCAAAGGCUGGAGGAAAGCGCCCAGCUGGGGAUGAUGCGCCCAAGAAAGCCAAAAGAAAAACCAACAAGGGGCUGGCUCAGUGCCUCAAGGAAUACAAAGAGGCCAUACAUGAUAUGCAUUUGAGCAAUGAGGAUAUGAUAAGAGAAUUUGACGAGAUGGCUAGGGUAGAGGAUGAGGUGAAGAAAACCAGACAGAAAUUGGGGGGUUUUAUGUGGAUGCAAAAAAGUUUACAGGACCCCUUCCACCCCAGAGGCCCUAGGGAACUCAGGGGUGGCUGUAGGGCCCCACAAAGGGGCUUUGAAGACAUUCCUUUUGUGUAGUGCCCAUGACAGGCAUUUGCCAGGGCUUUAACCUUAUGCUAAUAUUUUGGUUUAGUAGUCACUCUUGUUAUCCAACUGCAGCCCUCUAUGUUUCAGUAGCAGAUUUUUGUCCAUUGCAUGGAAUAAUGUUUAUGAUGCAUUGUAAAAUUAAAAAGAAAAUUUUGGAGAACCAUA